UAGGGAUAGAUAUGGGUGAUAUUUUUGAAGCGGAGAGGGAAUUUGACCUUGGGGUUGUGGCUUCGGUUGGGGAAAGGGUUAAUUAUUGGUAAGAAUUUUGAUAGGGAUCCUGGUUUUUUUAUUGUUGAGCACAGAGGGUUCUUUAUGCACAGACUCAUGCAGAAACUUGGCCCUGCUUUGUUCACAAAAAUUAACUCUAUCGAAGUCUACUUCCCUGUUAGACACAAAGAUCCCAAGUUCCGAAUGGCCCCUCUCAGAAGCCAGGCCACCACUCUUGAGUUUGCUCCUUACACCCCCAGACAAAUGCACAGAGUCCGGAUCCACUGCAGAGACAAGGUCAAGCUCCAUUCUUGGAAACUCGACUCUAACAUUGCCAGAGUGUUGUGAACGAGCAGGGUUUCAGCCACUUCGGCGCUGUCGGUUCAGAUAGAGUGAAUGAACGUGUCAAGGAGAAUUCUGAAAAGAGUGAUUGUUUCAUGCAGACACUUGGUUGGAAUCUACUUCAACUCAUGACACAUCCACACCGAAGGGUUUAGGAUCCCGGAGCAUUUGGAGUUUAAUUUGAGGAGUAUCACAUUCUACAACUCAAAGUUUCCUAAUUCGGUCACUAGCAUGUUAGCUGGAAUUGCAAUGUGAAAGCUAAAAACUCAGAUUAAAAGAAUAUCCUUUAGCGAUUGAGACAUAAACUUUGAUAAAGUUAAGGAAGAAAUGAAGUUUUAUAGUCUCGAAAAUAUUAAUCUGUCAACAUCGAUUUAUUAUUAA